GCACCAUUAAUUUUAUUUGACGCAUGUUACACAUGAAGUACAGUAGAUACCGUCGGCUACAAAAUUUCCCUACAGUAGGAGGAGGCGAGUGUGGAAAUGAAAUGCGAUCCUGAGACACCCAGAAGAAAUGACGACUGAAACACAUCUCUUUUGGAAAGUCGCUCUAAUUUACGACGCAGAAAGCUAAGUAACAAACAUCCAAAUCCAAUUUUCCUUUCUUCUUUCUUACUAUAAACACAACUGCAGAGCUCACAUCAAAUCAUCCCAUUCUUUCCAUACUACAGACACACUCUCAGAAAGGUGCUGAUUUUCAGAAACUUCUGUGGUUGAAUCAUGUUCGCUGCUUUCAAAGGUUGCUUCUCCUUAAAGAGACCUAAACAAACACCAGGAUAUGAAAAACCCAGUGUUCUUGCUGCUGAAACACCUUUUACGGUUAGUGAAGUAAAGGCCUUAUAUGAGCUUUUUAAGAAAUUAAGCAAUUCAAUAAUUAACGAUGGGCUUAUUCAUAAGGAAGAAUUUCAGCUCGCACUCUUCAGGAAUAGAUAUAGAAGGAAUCUUUUUGCAGACAGGAUCUUUGAUUUAUUUGAUAUCAAGCGCAAUGGAGUAAUUGAUUUUGAAGAAUUUGUUCGAUCAUUGGGCGUCUUUCAUCCCAAUGCACUAGUGGAAGACAAGAUGAAAUUCGCUUUCAGAUUAUAUGAUCUGAGGCAAACUGGUUUUAUUGAACGAGAAGAGUUAAAGGAGAUGGUGUUGGCACUUCUGCAUGAAUCGGAGCUGGUUUUGUCAGAUGAUGAAGUUGAAAUGAUUGUAGAUAAUACUUGGAAGGAUGCAGACACAAAUGGUGACGGAAAAAUUGAUCUGGAAGAGUGGAAGGAGCUUGUGUCAAAGAAUCCAUCUCUUUUGAAGAAUAUGACCCUACCAUAUUUGAAGGAUAUAACAAUGGCAUUUCCCAGCUUUGUUCUAAGUUCUGAAGUUGAAGAUACAGAAAUCUAGGCUUGCACAUACAUUGAAAAGCACUCAAUCAUGUUUGAUGAUGGUACGCUUGUGGAGAGGAGUUGGAAUCAGCGAUGAUACUCAUUGGUGCGCUUUAGUGCAAGGGCUAGAAACAUGAGUUUGAAAUCCUGCAUCCUCCAGCCCACAGCAAUUUUUGCAACUAAGAUCCAGUCUACAUGGUGCAACUUCAUCUUGCUAUCAACUUCUUAACAUAUUCCUCCAGUGGGAGCUUGGCAAAGGUUACAAGCAUAUCCAUUUUGCAUAUGUACAUUAAAUUAACUGAGAUUUUGUGGCAAGAAAUUUCCAUGAAAAAACCCUGUCUAAUUUCGAGCUCUUAGGUUGGUUAGCUCUUUGAAAACUGAAAUUUUAAAUGUUAUACUUCCACCAAUAAGUUUGAGCUUUCAGGGGAUAUUUUUCAAAUGUUUUAA